UGAUGGGUCAGUCGGAAUAUAUCAAACAAACCAUUUUUUUAUUGUUGGCAUUGUAUAUUUCCUGAAACAAAAAUAAUAUGUUCUUAAUCGGACUUUCUUGUACUUUAGGCCUAUAAUAUCACUACUGUUCCUGUAUUGAUUGUAUUUAUUUUCAUUCCAGUGAAAUCAAAAGAAAGAAAGAGAUUGAGAGAGUAAUGGAAAUGGACAGCAAAGAUCACAUUGCUUUUUGCAGAGAGCAUUCAUUGUGGCAAUCUUAUGUAAAUGUAGACGAUGGUGCCCUACUAUUGAAUAUAAAAAAGUGGACAAGAGGCCAGCUUGAAAUGGAUAGAGAAGAGGAUAAAGAGGAAAAGUUUCUGUCUCAGGGUUUUGACUUGAGUGGACAUGUAGAGAAUAAGGAUUGUGCAAUUGGCUUAAAUAUUCAGUUACGAUAUGGUGGAACAAAUAAAUUGGAUGAUCCCAAGGUCUGGGAGGGGUCCUCAGAGUUCAGGCCUUGGAUGUCUCAAAUCUGCGUAAACAAUGAAGAUCCUUCAUUCCUACUCUUAACACUAGAGAUGGAGGGAAUAACCUUCAAGGAAGGAUAA